AUGCAUAAUUCUGUAGGAUUUUCAGCAAGUUCUUUAGACUGGAAGACUGCAUCAUACCAUUCACCAAAGACAAGACAGUGUCUGAAUGUUACUCUUGUUGGAUGUAAACAUAGUGACCUUGAGAGAGCCAAGAAAGAAAUCACACAGUACAUAGAAGGAAUAGAAUAUAAUGAUAUAGAUCCUGACAUGAUAUUGGACCUAGUUUCUGCAGAACUGAACCCAGGCAUUGCAAAACAUUUAGUACACAGAGAUCCGUAUGAUUUCGAAGAAUGGAGGAAAGAGUUAUCCAAAUUUUUUAAUGUUUAUUUUUGGAUAAACAAAGAUAUUCCAAAGAUAGAGAUUUGGGGAUCUUUUGACAGCAUACUACAAACCGAGCAGUACUUUGAGAAUGAAUUUCCAAUGUCACCAUCAAAGAGUGAAAUAGCCCUCCUAGAAAUCGAUGAUCAGCACUAUGAGCAACCCAAAUGGGUUACUCUGACAAUACCUUGCAUCAGCCGAAGAAAAUUGCAUGUUAUUAAAAAGUUUUUGAAACAAUGA